UGUGCGAAGAUGCUGCGAAUGGGUGGGGUGGGGGAAGGAGCAGAGGCUCUGCUUGUGAACCCAUUAGAGCUGCAGGGAGGGAGGGAUGUGGAUUUCAAAAGCAGAAAGCAGACUCCCUGACCUUCCUCGCCAUGGUCAGCACUGUCCCUGGGAGCCCUCCUAGAUCAGUGGGCACCGGGCCGGGCCACCAUGACAGUGAACAGAAGCAGGUGGGCUCUGAUGGGUCGUGCCCGGCAGGUAGCUGGCCUGGCUUUGGCCUGGCUUCAAGCAAAGACACCAUCCACACUCCAGGGGUUCAGAAACUUCCCGAGUCAGGGUAGGCAAGUCAGUGCUUUAACGGGACUUUAAAGAGACAGAGCCUGGUGGGACUCAGUGCAUACACACGCACACACACGCACACGCACGCACACGGACACCCAUGCACACACCUGUGACUGAGAGGAAGCUGAAAGCCGGGAGCUGACAAGCUCUGAGCUGGGCUCACCUAGGCCAGCGUGCUGGGACCCGAGGAGCUGUGAGGAAAGGCUUCUAUUCCUCCCGAAGGAAGGAGGCCAGUGUGGGCUCAUCGAAGUGAAGCCCCCUGGAACCCCUGGCCGGCACGUGUCCCCUCUGAUUCCCAGCGGACUCCUGCACUUCCUGGCUCCACCCAACCUGAAAGCAUGUGGGGGCAGCCUGUGCCCCAGUCACAGUGCUAGUUGUCACAGAACCUCCGAGCGACUUCUGUCUCCAGUCAGAGCCAUUCGUGUGGAAGGACCCAUAGAGAGCCCAAGUUCAGUGUCCCUCAAAGCUGUGGAAUGCCAUUUGUACGGACGCCGCUAAGGAGUCCAAGGACACAGAAACGGGCCAGGGGCUCCUCCCUGCAGGCCGUCUGAGGAUCCGAAGGAAGCUCGCCGGCGCCUGCUGUGUGCUGUCCCGCAGGAUGGGGCUGCUGAGCAGCAAGAGGCAGGUCACCGAGAAGGGCAGGGGCUGGAGCCCCGUGAAGACUGCGUCCCAGGGCCAGACGCCCCCACCGCUGCCGCCCCUGGUUGUCUUUAAUCACCUUACCCCUCCACCUCCUGAAGAAUACCCAGACCAAGAGGAGCGGUACGUGGUGGCCCUGUACGACUAUGCUGCCGUGAACGACCGGGACCUGCAGAUGCGGAAGGGGGAGAAGCUGCAGGUCUUGAAGGACACCGGAGACUGGUGGUUGGCCAAGUCACUCAUCACCGGGAGAGAGGGCUACGUGCCCAGCAACUUCGUGGCCCCAGUGGAGACCCUGGAAGUGGAAAAGUGGUUCUUCAGGUCCAUCAGCCGGAAGGAGGCUGAGCGGCAGUUGCUGGCCCCCAUGAACAAGGUCGGGUCCUUCCUCAUCAGGGAGAGUGAGACCAGCAAAGGGUCCUUCUCCCUGUCCGUGAAGGAUGUCACUGCCCAGGGGGACAUGGUCAAGCACUAUAAGAUCCGCUCCCUGGAUGAAGGGGGCUACUACAUCUCUCCCCGGACCACCUUCCCCUCCCUCCAGGCCCUCGUGGAGCACUAUACUGAGAAAGGGGACGGCUUGUGCCAGAGGCUGACGCUGCCCUGUGCGACCCUGGCUCCGCAGAACCCCUGGGCGCAGGACGAGUGGGAAAUCCCCCGGCAGUCUCUCAGGCUGGUGCGGAAGCUCGGGUCCGGGCAGUUCGGCGAGGUCUGGAUGGGUUAUUACAAAAAUAACGUCAAGGUGGCCAUCAAGACCUUGAAGGAGGGAACCAUGUCCCCCGAGGCCUUCCUGGGUGAGGCCAACCUGAUGAAGACCCUGCAGCAUGAGCGGCUGGUCCGUCUCUACGCUGUGGUCACCAAGGAGCCCAUCUACAUUGUCACGGAGUACAUGGCCCGAGGCUGCUUGCUGGAUUUCUUAAAGACGGAUGAAGGCAGCAGACUGUCCCUCCCAAGACUGAUCGACAUGUCGGCCCAGGUGGCCGAAGGGAUGGCGUACAUCGAGCGCAUGAACUCUAUCCACCGCGACCUGAGGGCGGCCAACAUCCUGGUGUCUGAGGCCUUGUGCUGCAAGAUCGCGGACUUCGGCCUGGCCCGCAUCGUGGACAGCGAAUACACGGCCCAGGAGGGGGCCAAGUUCCCCAUCAAGUGGACCGCCCCAGAGGCCAUCCACUUCGGGGUGUUCAGCAUCAAAGCAGACGUGUGGUCCUUCGGCGUCCUCCUGAUGGAAAUCGUCACCUACGGGCGUGUGCCCUACCCAGGCAUGAGCAACCCCGAGGUCAUCCGCAGCCUGGAGCGCGGCUACCGCAUGCCGCGCCCGGACACGUGCCCGCCCGCGCUGUACCGAGACGUGAUCUCCGAGUGCUGGCGCGGGCGGCCCGAGGAGCGGCCCACCUUUGAGUUCCUGCAGUCGGUGCUGGAGGACUUCUACACGGCCACCGAGGCCCAGUACGAGCUGCAGCCCUAGCGAGGCCCGCGCCCACGGAGGGACA